AUGGCUACGAUGCAACCUGUGGUUACUCUAGAAGGAUCUCUCCGAGAUGCUGCACCACAGGAAGACAAGAUAUGGGCGCUUCUCGUAGCUGGCUCUAACACGUACUACAACUAUAGGCAAGCGGAUGUCUGUCACGCGUACCACGUUCUCCACAACCACGGCAUCCCUGACGAGCAAAUUGUCGUCAUGAUGUACGACGACAUCGCCUACAGUCAGAGCAAUCCUACUCCUGGUGUAAUCAUCAAUGCCCCCAACGGGUCGGACGUCUACGCUGGAGUUCCAAAAGACUACACGGGAGAUGACGUCACGCCGCAGGAUGUCUUACACGUCCUACAGAAAAGGGCCGAUCUCAAAAAAAUCCACACCAACGGAAGCCACAAAGUGAUCAACAGCGGCAACGACGACAAUAUCUUCGUUUAUUUCGCCGACCACGGGGCUUCUGGCCUCGUUUCAUUCCCAAACGACGUGUUGCACGCGAAGGACCUGAAUGACGCCAUUCUUGACCUUUAUCGCCAGAAGCGGUACUCGAAGUUGGUCCUGUACGUGGAAGCUUGCGAGUCUGGGUCUAUGUUUGAAGGCCUCCUUUCGCCUCAUAUCAACGUGUAUGCAACAACUGGAGCUAAUCCGCAUGAACCAUCAUUCACCUGCUACUUAGACGACUACCGACACGGUGAUUUCUACAGUGCGAACUGGAUGGAGGACUCGGACAAGGAAGACCUACACAAAGAGAGCCUGGAGAAGCAGUUUCGUAUCGUGAAAUGUGAAAUCAACACGAGUCACGUGAGCGAGUACGGAGAUUUGCAGUUGGCCAAGUCGAAAGUGAGCGAAUUUCAGGGAGAGAAAUCGGCUGAACCUAUUGUUGUCCCGAAAUUUCCAUUCGAUGUAAUUGACAGUCAAGAAGUUGCCCUGAUCACUUAGAGAAAGAAGCUCGCAGCUGCAGCCCCGGAAGAGCGAGAAAGUAUCGCGAAGCAGAUUGAAGACAUCCUGUCUAAGAGAUUAUUUGUCCAUAUGACGGUAGAAGAACUUGCGAAGGAAGCAACCUUCGGAAAAAAACAUCAGGCUGCGCCAUGUGCUCCAGAGCCGUUUUCCGCUACGCGGUGAAGCCGACCACCUGUGUUACAAGGCGUCCGUGCGUCACUUCAGGGAACAUUGCUUCGAUCUCUCCUAUAACCCCGUCAAGAAAAAUAAUAUCGAAAGAAUGAAGCACGAAGUCAGAAUAACUAUUUAAUACGUGAGCUUUCGAGCA